AUAAUUGAUAAGAUUGGAUGUUGUGAGUUGUGACUUCAGAGUUGAGAUUUUGAGAACUAUUUGAGAAUAAAUAAUUAAAUAUUAACACCUAAGUUAAAGGUAAUUGACAAGAUUACAAAUAAUAUAAUUAUUUUUUUUGCAAUUUAGUUGUCAUUUAUCUCCAGUUGUUAUUGAUAUUUUGAUUCAUAUUCUGUGGGCAUUCCAGCAUAUUAUUUUUGAAAAUUGUAUAUAGGUACCAGCUAACAUUAAGUCAUACAAAAAUGACGGAUAUAGUGAAACAAGCAGAGUCUUAUGAGGCAAACGAAUUGUUCGACAUUAAAAACUCGUACUACAUCGGAAACUACCAACAAUGUAUUAAUGAUGCUCAGAAAGAACCGCCAAACUAUGGAAAUUUACGUUUACAACGAGACAUAUUCAUGUAUCGUGCUUACUUAGCACAAAAAAAAUAUGGUAUCGUACUAGCAGAAAUAAAAGCUAAUUCACCUCCAGAACUAAAACCCUUUAAACUGUUAGCAGAGUAUUUGCAAACUCCCGGUAAUAGGAAUUCUAUUUUGAAAACAUUGGAACAAGAAUUGGAAAAUAUGUACGAAAUAAAUCAUUCUCUUGUUAUUGUAGCAACAACAAUUUAUAAUCAUGAACAUAAUUAUGAAUCUGCUCUGAGGGUUCUUAAAAAUGAUGAUACUCUUGAAGGUGUCACAUUGUCUUUAAUAAUAUAUUUGAGAAUGAAUCGAGUAGAUUUAGCAUCAAAAGAAUUUAAAAAGUUAAAAGCAAUGGAUGAAGAUGCAACAUUAACACAAAUGGCACAAGCUUGGUUAAACUUAGCAUUGGGCGGAGACAAAUUGCAAGAAGCUUAUUACAUAUUUCAAGAACUAACAGACAAAUAUGGAGUUACUGCAUUGUUGUUGAAUAGUCAAUCAGUAUGUUAUAUUGGUCAAUGUGAAUAUAAAAAAGCUGAAAUAACAUUACAAGAUGCUUUAGAAAAAGAUAGUAAUGAUAUCGAUUCCCUAGUAAAUUCUUUGUUCAUUUCUGUCCAUAUGAAAGUAUCAGCUGAUGUUACUAAAAGACAGUUAAAUAUGCUGCGGGAUACCUAUCCUAAUUCUGACUUUAUUGAAACAUACAAUAAAAAAGAAGCUGAAUUUGAUUCAUUGUCACAAGCAUACCAAUAAUAAUAAUCUAUUCAAAAGUGACAUGUAAACACUUAUCUUUAUAAUCUAAAUUAUAUAUUAUUUUUAUUUGCUUCAAAAUUUUAAGUUAUUUUAUAAUUUGAGAAAGUAUUAUAUUAAAAAAAUAGGUUAAUUUUAUUGAAUAAAUUAAUUUUUGUUCAUGGUAUUUAGAUUUUUACAGCCAAAUUUAAAAUUAAAUUCAUAUCUAUAGAUUACUGUGAAUGUGUAAUUUAUGUUUCUUUAAAUUAGUUCUCUUACUCAGUAUAUUGUUCUAUAAUAGUUAAAUAGUGUAAAUGUGAAACACUAUUGCAGUAUUUAAAUUUUAUUAUUAUAAUGUACUUAAAUUAUAUUAUAUAAAAUCCCAGACGUGUGUCAUCUUACAUUCGUUCUGUAUUUCACUGAGACAAACAAUUUAGGUAUAAUUAUUAUUGACUACUUUUGAAGUAAUUUUAUUAGUUAAUAAAAAUUCUCCGUCUUGCUAUAUUUA